AUGCCCUGCUUCUCCGCCUCCAAUGUGCGGUUCGUCAGCGCGGAGUCGCAGUUGCAGCAGAAGUGCAGCGAGCUGAGGGCCAGGGCUCGAGCCCAAACGGCAGCCUAUCGUCCACCGGCGGGGGGCUUUCGUCCUUCCACCACGGCCUUCGGCUCCUUCAGGCGGCCACCCUGCGACCAGUCGGCGGCCUAUGACCAGAAGCAGCUGAAGCGCAAUGAGCGGGAGCGGAAGCGCAACCAGGGCACAAAGCAGGUGGUGCUGCGGGCCGGGGAGGUGCGGCGCCUCAAGGAUCAGGGCAGACUGGAGACCGUCAGCGAGAAGCUGCAGAGGAUAGAUCAGCAGGAGGAGGAUCACCGCAAGCAGCUGCAGUUGGUGGAGGAGACGCGCCGGCGCUUCAAGGCCAUCGACGAGGCGCGGGGCGGUGACACCUCCGAGGCCAAGAUCAGCCUGCUCAGCGAGAUCCUGGAGGAGAAGCAGUCGGUGCUUGGUCGUGCCUUCCUGGCCCGCCAGGAGCAGGAGCAGGAGGUGAAGCAAAUCAACCGCAUGAUUCUCGACGCCAAGUGCAAGGCUGUGCGGGAGGCGCAGAUCCAGGAGAAGCACCUCCUGUCCAAGGCGCUGCGCGAGGACGACGAGCGGCUGGCGCGCAUGGUGAACGAGCGCGCCCUGAAGGCGUUGACGGAGGAGGACGAGCGCGAGCGGCUGGAGGUGGAAAAGCGGAGCCGCUACGCCCAGGAGAUCCGACGGCAGCUCUCGGAGCGCGAGAACGUGCGCUACCUGGAGGCCAAGCGGGUGGCCGACGAGGCCAAGGACAUCCGGCGCGCCACCGAGCUCCUGCGCGCCCAGGAGGAGCAACAGCGCGCCCUCGUCCAGCAGCGCAAGCAGCGGUUCCGGGAGGAGCUGCAGCGCAUCCGGGACAUGUCCAACGUGUUCAAGACCAUGCUCGGCGAGCAGGAGCGACUGGCCGACCUGCGGGUCACGGCCUACAUGCGCGAAAAGCAGGAGAAGGAGCGCCAGCUGAAGGAGAUGCAGCGCCUGACCAAGAAGGAGUUCGAGCGCCGCCAGCAGCGCAUCUUCACGGUGGCCGCCGAGGCCAUGGAGACGCGCCAGACCAACGACGAGCUAAAGUAUCUGAAGGAGCGCGACCGCGUGGAGCGCGAGUACCGCCAGCGGGAGAAGGAGGCGGCCAUCUCGCGGCGGGAGGCUGAGCGGGACCUGCUUGAGUCGCGGGCCCAGCAGGCGCAGGAGAUGAAGCAGCGCCUGGCCCUGGAGAUCGCCCACUCCGGCGAGGAGUUCGCCAAGGUCAUGGAGCGGAUGCGCAAGGAGGAGGACAGGGAGAAGGCCUUGGACCGCCAGCGGGAGGCCCAGCGACAGGUGUACCGCCAGGACCUGCGGCAGCAGAUGACCGACAAGCAGGCGGAGCGCCGGCGACUGGCCGAGCUGGAGGCCGUGCGGGUGGAGAAGUGGCUCGACCAGGAGAAGCAGCGGGACGCCAACAUCCGGCAGGUGAUCAGCGCCAAGAUCGCGGCCAUGCGCGAGAACUGCCUGCCGGAGAAGUAUCUACGGGAGGUGGAGAAGCAGCUGAAGAGCAUUCAGGGCUCCCGGGAUCGCAUUCGCUAA